UUGGAGGAGAAAAAAUCGCUCUUGCCCCUUUGGCUGCAGGUGAUUCUCAUCGCCGGGUUGUUGGUGCUGUCGGGGAUGUUCAGCGGGCUCAACCUGGGCCUCAUGGCGCUGGAUCCCAUGGAGCUGCGCAUCGUGCAGAACUGCGGCACCGAUAAGGAGAAGCGUUACGCCCGUAAGAUCGAACCCAUCCGCCGUAAGGGGAACUAUUUGCUCUGUUCCCUGCUGCUGGGUAACGUGCUGGUUAACACCACCCUCACCAUCCUCCUCGAUGAUCUCAUCGGCUCCGGCAUCGGCGCCGUCGUCGCUUCCACUAUCGGCAUCGUCAUCUUCGGGGAGAUCGUGCCCCAGGCGCUCUGCUCCCGCCACGGCUUGGCCGUGGGCGCCAACACCAUCGUGGUCACCAAGUUCUUCAUGUUGGUGACGUUCCCCCUCUCCUACCCCAUCAGCAAACUCCUCGACUGCAUCCUGGGUCAGGAGAUCGGCACCGUCUACAACCGGGAGAAGCUGGUGGAGAUGUUGAAGGUGACGGAACCCUACAACGACCUGGUGAGGGAAGAGCUUAACAUGAUCCAAGGGGCCCUGGAGCUCCGCACCAAGACAGUGGAGGACGUGAUGACCCCGCUGCAGAACUGCUUCAUGAUCAACAGUGACGCCAUCCUGGACUUCAACACCAUGUCGGAAAUCAUGGAGAGCGGCUACACCCGCAUCCCCGUCUAUGAGGACGAGCGUUCCAACAUCAUGGACAUCCUCUACGUCAAAGACCUGGCUUUCGUCGACCCAGACGACUGCACCCCCCUCAAAACCAUCACCAAAUUCUACAACCACCCCGUCCACGUCGUCUUCCACGACACCAAGCUGGACGCCAUGCUGGAGGAGUUCAAAAAGG